CUGUAGAUGGGUUGGUGUAUAAGAAUCCGCUAUGCCCUGGCAUCCACAACAAUCGGUCUGGGAAUCAAGCUUAUUCACAGUAUCAGACAUAUCUUCGUGAUUACAUUACCAUUAAUUAGCACUCGCAAACACAUUCUCUGCAUUUAUUUUACCUGCCAUCAGACAGACAUACAGGGAGAGAUACUACAAUCAGUAAUCGUCUUCACACCGAAUCAUCAGCAAGCAGCCGAUAAAAAUGGACAACAACGCAUACAACAACGCGGGCCAGCCCAUUCUUAGCAAGGUGGUUUCGAGCAAGAAAUCAUUCCUGUUCAAGAGUGCUAUCGGCAUCGCCAUUAUCCUUAUGGAUAUAAUCAUCAUUGGCGUUGCUGCCGGCAACCUGAACAGCACCAGAUAUGCUUUUGCUUCUUCUUAUUAUUACUACUACUCGCCAUUCUGGACUUUUAUCUUUAUUAUCCCGCCGGCCAUUUUGUCCUUUGUUUGGCAGGUAGCCGAGUUCAUCACCCUCGCGGUCCGCAAGGAUCGUGGAAUCCACCCGGGUGCGCACGUCGGCCUGCACCUGGUCCUCUGGCUCGGCUACAUCGUCGGCGCCACGUAUGCCGGCCUCGAGGUUCAGUCGCUCGACCGCUACAACAGAGAGCCGUACCGAAGCAACAGGUACUACGGAUCGCGCUACAACUACGACAAUGAAGAUGCCGAGGUUCAAGCUGCCCUGAAGCGGGCAUUCUCGUUCCAAAUGGCUAUUUUGGUGUUUGCGGUCAUGUUGAUUAUUGCGCACCUUACACUGUUUGUACGCGCUUGCAUCGAGACGCACCGCCGCAACAAGCAGGUUCGUGGUAUGUAUGUCCCGGCUAAACAGUCUGAGCAGCCGUGGAGCGUCAACCAGGCGUAGAAAUACCCGACUAUAAUUGCCUUGCCGGGCACCGAGUCUGCGUGUUCUAUUCACAUCCCAUUGUCGAGCCAGAUGGUUUAAACAGUUUUUAUGCGCACAUUUCUUGUAUAUACCUUUGUUACGCAUAUGCAUUUGCAUUUCCUUUUUUGUACAUUGCGAUUUUCAUCAAAUACCCCAUACACAUUCUUGCUUAGUCUAGACCACAUACCUUAGCCUAGAAAUCCCCCAACGCUAUAAUGAUAUACAAACAAUUGUCCA